UCGUACCACACAAAAAAAUGAGUGUAAAUGUGUAACGCUGGUACUUUUCGGUGCGGUUAUGGGAUUGCGUUCGGGAUCGGUUGCUCGGAUGUGCUCGCCGGAUGCCAAGGUUUUUCGGUAGUAAUGAGAACUCCGUGUUGAGUACAAUGAUACAAACGUAACAAUAUAUUUAUCAGAUGUAGUUGAAAUACACAAGUAAUAAUAAGGCACCGGAGUGCUCGGUUAAACAAUAGUCGGACCCGCGCAAAAUAAAAGAACGACGAUUCGACAAAAUAUAAUUUGCGGCGUAAUAUUUAAACAAAAGAAUGGAUUCGGACAACUCAUUGACGUAUGAAUAUCUGGACGGAGCCUAAAGGCGCGGGGAGUGAACAUUUUAGAGGAGGAGGGGGCCGCCAUAUUGUCUGGCGACAUUAGUACUGCCAUCUGUGAGUAGACUAAGGAAACAACUGUGUUUUCGUCUGUUUUCGUCCAGUGCUCCAGUUUCUGUGUGACGUGUGACGUGUGUUGUGUACAAAAAAGUUACCUUAAAAAAUAAUUUGUAAAAAAUGCCGCUUUGUAUUGCAAUCGGUUGUUGCAAUAAAAGCUACCGAAAAAGCAAAGAGCAAAUUAAUAUUGAAAAAAAUAUUGCAAUUACAUUUCACCGUUGUUAUAGGCUUAUUGACGGAAGCUCCUCGCGUGAACCGCGUGAACGUUGUUUUUACGCACGGACUUCGGUGGAUUGAAACGUACCUUGCAUGCUACUAUUUAUUUUAUAUACAAUUUAGUUGAUAUGUGUGUUUCAUUAGAUUUCCACAAGAUGAAUCAAAAAAAUUAACUUGGGCUAAAGUUAUGGGCCUUCAGAUGGAAUGUUUACCCAAGUCUUCACAUUUAUGCUCGUUGCAUUUUUCGGACGACGACUUCGAUCGCAGUUCCCUGAUACGAAUAAGAUUGAGAGAAAAUGCCAUUCCAAUUUCAAAUAUUUCAAAAGUUGCGGGUGCAGAAGAAGUCUCUUUGCAAAGUAAUACAUUGUCAGCUACAUCAACAGAGUCGGUGCACGAGGAUGAUUCGAUUUGCGAGCCGGAAAUAAGCAGAAUUACAUUAAAAAGAAAAAGAGAAGAAGAGUCUACUUCAUUUGGUGUGUAUACCGAGCAACCGGAGGAUACACCACGGAAAAAAUUAUUGCGCAAAACUUUAAUGCACCAAAAGAAAUAUUAUGAAAGGCAAGUGCAAACAUUAAAACAAAAAAAUAAGCGGUAUGAGAAACGGAUCGCGCAAUUGAAUACAGUUCUAAAAGAACUCAAACAAAAAAGUUUAUUGGCAGACGAACAUGCCGAUAUAUUAAAAACAAUAGGUAAGAGUAAUAUACACUUGUUGAAGCGUUUAACAGCAAAGAGUAAAAUAUCAAGUAGCAAAAAAAAUCUCUUUCUAAAGAAUAUUCUCCUGAGCUUAGAAAAUUUGCUUUAAGCUUGCAUUAUUACUCACCUAAACCAUACAACUAUGUACGCAAACAUUUCAAUUCAUGUCUUCCACACCCAAAAUCAAUAAGUAAAUGGUACAAAUCGAUUAAUGGAAAUCCCGGUUUUAUGCAAGAAGCAUUAAAUAGUAUUUCUGAACGGGUAAAAGCUACAGAUUAUCCACUCUUAGGCACCUUAAUUUUUGAUGAAAUGUCGAUUAGACAACAUAUUGAAUACGAUGGUAAAAAUUAUAGUGGUUACGUUGAUUUUGGGGAUGGAAUUAUAAACGACAAUACUAGCAUUGCCAAAGAUGUCUUGGUUUUUCUUUUUGUGUGUAUGAAUGCUGCAUGGAAAGUACCUGUGGGCUAUUUUUUUAUUAAUGGAAUUACGGCUGAUCAAAAAAGUGGUUUGAUUAAUCAAUGCAUUUGCUUACUGCAUGAUACUGGUGUGAAAGUGGUUGGAUUAACUUUUGAUGGUGCUACCACAAAUUUAUCCACGGCAAAAAAAUUAAAAUGUAAUUUAAUGUCAACUGCUUUACAGACUUGGUUUCCCCAUCCAAUUACAAAUGACAAAAUAUUUAUUUUUCCUGAUCCAUGUCAUAUGAUAAAGCUUAUUCGCAACUUGUUUGGAGAUAUGAAAGUAAUUAUUGAUGGAUUAAACCAACUUAUCCAAUGGCAGUACAUUUUAGAUUUACAUAAUCUACAAAAACAAGAAAGCUUACAUUUAGGAAAUAAGUUACGGUCAGCACAUAUUCAAUAUAAAAAAUUGAAUCAAUGUUGAAUUAUUGUAUCAAUGUUAUUCUCGAAUGAUUGUAUCAAUUUAAAUAAAUAUUGUAUCAAUUUUUUCUGUAAUUAUUGUAUCAAUUUCAAUAAAUAUUGUAAUAAAAAUUAUUUUAUUUUACAAAAACAUAUUAUUUUGAACGAUUAAAACCAGUCUCACUUUCUUUUCUUUAAUUCAAUAAUACAAUUCUUUCAAUCAAUUCAUGUUGAAUUUCAAACAGAGCGCCAAAAUGUCGCCAGACAAUAUGGCCGAUCCCCCGUCCCGCUAAUGUCGAUCCCCUCGCCUGAAAUCCGACCUUACGCUCCGUCCAGAUAUUCAUACGUCAAUGGGAUAACUAAAGAAACGGACAUAAGUUCCGGCUAAGUUCCGACCGAUCCGCCGGACGACGAGCAUUCUCGUGCGUCCGGCCAAUCCAAUCCGCGUAGCCGUGCGGUGGGCAUUCUCGCCGCACGGCCUAUCCGUUCCAUUCAGCCGGAUAACGGGCAUUCUCGUCGUCCGGCCAAUCCGACCCGUCCGUUCCGUACGUCCCCAAAUGAUCUCGGGGGCAACUCCGCCGAUACUGUUCCCGUGUCCAGCAUACCAUAGCUCGCGGGUGGUUUGCCCCGCGAGAAGAGACCACGCAGGUCUACCGCCAACUACCCCGCGUAGUCGGAACCGUCCGCCGCGCCGCACACCGUCGAUUCCGCGCGAUCACGACCGGCCGGCACACGGGCCAAUCACGGCCCAUCGAAACUGUUUCCGGGAGUUCGCCACUCCGUAGCGACUCCAACCGUAUACGCCGUAUGAAAACAUACGAAUCCGACCGCAGCCGCGCGGUAAUCCGAAUCCGUCAUGUAUAUAGAUAUUAAAACAUGCGCGUCCGUCCGUUAAUCCAGAUAGUUAACCAGGUCCGUUCUUUGUUUAGAAUGUAAGUUACGCCAUGAGUUAUGUUUUGUCCGGCCCGACCAAUCGGCGUUCUUUUGCUUUGCGCGGGUCCGAUUAUUGUUUAAUUGAGCACUCCGGUGCCUUAUUAUUAUUUGUGUAUUUCAAUAACAGCUGAUAAAUAUAUUGUUACGUUUGCCUUAUUGUACUCAACACGGAGUUCUCAUUACUAUCGAAAAACCCUGGCAUCCGGCGAGCACAUCCGAGCAACCGAUCACGAUAUCCCAACGCAUCGAAAGAUAUCCCGAUACUCCCGCCGCACCGGAAAAGUACUAGUGUUAUAUGGCGCCCGAACAGGGACUUCCGGGCAGGCGAGCGUGGGGGAUGAGGUGAGGGAGUGCUUGAGGGUACGGAAGGCGGUUUCCUCGUCCUCCCCCCAUUGCCAGGUGGCGUUCUUGCGGGUCAGGCGAGUGAGGGACGCGACGACAGUCGCGAAAUCAGAUGUAAAUUGUCGGCACCACGAUGCCAGGUCGACGAAUUGGCGUACCUGUCUGACGUUUGUGGGCGAUGGCCACUGUGUCACGGCGCGUAUUUUAUCGGGGUCUGUCCGAAUUCCUUGUCGAUCGACGAUAUAUCCUAAGUAUUUUAGGCUGCUUACGCAGAAACUUCUCGGGGUUUAGCUUUAGCUGGGCUUUCCGUAGGCGUCGGAAUACUUCCGCUAGGUGUUGUAGGUGUUCGGUAAAGGUCGCGCUUACGAUGAUUAUGUCGUCGAGGUACACAAACACGUUUGGUUCUAGUUCUGGACCCAAUAUUGAGUAGCCGCUGCAGGGUGGCCAGCGAUUCACAAUUUUCAAAUUCAAGGUCUUUUCCCGGUUUUCCUGAUCAAAAAUAUCGUUUUUCAAGGUUAGUAAUAAGAAACAUAUUUUCACCGCUACGCGUAGGAUUUAAUUUUAUUGUAGUGAAAAUGAAUUAUUCAAAAAGAGAAAGGAAAUAAUAAAACAAUACAGUAGUAACACAAGUAAUACAGUAAGACAAAUGCUCUUUAAGUUGUUUUUUAUUAGUAAAUUAAUUAAGUAACGUGAUGAAAUGCAAUUAGAAACAAUAUAUUUUAAAUUUUACUUUUUCAUAUCGGCAAUGGAACUGACUAUGACUGCAUUUAUCUUUGAUACUUCAGCCAAAUAUUUGGCUCUUUGGGCCUCUAAUUCUUGUAUUUCUCGAGUCUAACGUUUCUUCAAUAACUCUGCUUGUGACUGUAUCUCCUGCUCCUCACGCUCUUUCGUCGUAAAUUCUUUAUAUCGAGAAUGUGCAU